AUGUCUCACGUCCCUUCUAUUUUGAACCCUACUGAGGAAGAUAUUCAACUCUUGUUGUCUGCUCAAGUCCACAUUGGUACCAAGAAUGCCAACACUCGUAUGACUCCUUAUAUCCAUAAGCGUCGUGCUGAUGGUAUCAACUUGAUCAACAUUGGUAAGACCUGGGAAAAGCUCAUUUUGGCUGCUCGUGUUAUUGCCGCUAUUGAGAACCCUCAAGACAUUGUUGUUGUCUCUGCUCGUCCUUAUGGUCAUCGUGCUGCUCUCAAGUUUGCUCGUUACAUUGGUGCUGAAGCCAUCGUUGGUCGUUACACUCCCGGUACUUUCACCAAUUACAUUACCCGUUCUUUCCGUGAACCUCGUUUGGUUAUCUGUACUGAUCCUCGUUCUGAUUUCCAAGCCAUUCUUGAAGCUUCUUACGUCAAUGUCCCCGUCAUCUCUCUUGCUGACACUGAUGCCAACCUCAAGUUUGUUGACCUUGCUAUCCCCACCAACAACAAGGCCAAGCAUGCUAUUGGUUUGAUCUACUGGCUCUUGGCUCGUGCUGUCCUCCGUCUUCGCGGUACCUUGGACUACUCCACCCCUUGGGAAGUCAUGGUUGAUAUGUUCUUCUACCGUGACCCUGAGGAGAUUGAGAAGGAGAACGAGGAAGCUGCUGCUGCUGAGGAAUCCAACGUCGAGUGGGGUGCUACUACUGAGGAAGCUGACUGGACCAUUGAGGGUUCCGCUGCUGAAGGACCUGCUGGUCUUGCCGCUCAAGCUGGUGAAUGGUCUGCUCAAGCCGAUGCUGGUGCUUCUGACUGGGCUGAGGAUGUCAACACUGCUCCUGCCUCUUCUUGGAACUAA